CUGGCUGAACUUUUUGGUUCAUAACUUCCAUGUCUGCUUAAAUUGUUUCUCAAUUGGCAAUCGGUUUUCCUCUUAUUCACGGUUGUACCCCGCAGGUUAUGUUACAAAACAGUCACCGGGAACCUGAGAGCCAACGCUCCUCUUCAGCUCUCGGUUUCCCUCGCCUCCGUUUCUUUCGUUACCGUCGCUUGAGGUAGCCGGUGACCGAGAGUAACCGGAGAGAAAGGGAUUCGAUUUAUUAUUUUGUGCUAUAUUUUUUGACUGUUGUCUACAGUUAUGCCUACAACACCAACGAAGGGUAACCGGAGGGGAGGACAGGAUCCGGAGAGAAACAGGAAAAACAGGUUGACAGCGAAAGCGUCGUCGUUUCACGGGAAGAUACCGGCGGAGAUACCGGAGGCCAGGAUUCGACGGCCGAAGACACUCCCAGACUUGCUCGCCGGAAGGAAUCUUACGGCAAAAGCACCGGAGGUGAGGCCGAAGCUAACGAAGGUAUUAGUAAACGUUACGGUUCAAGGCAGCGUUGGUGCAGUGCAAGUUUUGAUGUCUCCUGAGUCCACCGUCGGCGAACUCAUCUCCGCCGCUAUCCAGCAGUACAAGAAGGAAGGCCGCCGCCCGAUUAUCGCAAACGACUCCAGAUUCAACCUCCAUUACUCGCAGUUUAGCUUAGAAAGUUUGGAUAGGGAGGAGAAAGUGAUGGCUUUGGGCUCAAGAAACUUUUUCCUGUGCCAAAAAAAAUCGGGGAUGGACGGGGCGAGUUGUAGCAGCGGCAGUGGAGGAUUGACAACGACGUCGUCUCCGUCGUGUUCAAAAGAAGUGGAAAAGGAGGUUGCUAAGAGUAACGGCGUUGGGAUUCGUCCUUGGCUAAAAUUCAUGGAUUUCUUGCUGUGAAUAAUUAACUGGCCGAUGAUGCUGCCGGUUAAUUAACAGUAAUGAAGACUAUUAUUAAUCCCCUUUCAAUGCAAUUUGUGCAUGUAAAAAUAGGUGUUAAGGCCAGUAGUUGUGUUUGAUGGGUAAAAAUUAGAGUAAGAGAUUCUUGCAUGGAUCGAGUAGAAAUGUACGAGUGGUAGACUCUUUUACCUUUCCUGCGUAUGUCUUGUUCGUUUUGAAUUAAUGGAAUCUGUACACUACUUUAGUA